GCAAGAUCAAGUAACUUGCAUCACUGGCGCACAAAUGCACAGAAGAUUAACUUCAAAUGAGCCUUAAUAUCUCCUUCUCUGCCCACUAUAAGCAUCAUGGUUGAGCCUUCCGAAGAGGCUAGGCAAGAUUCAGAGGCGAAUGGAGCCUCUUCUCGCGGCAUGUGGUUGGGACGCAUUAGAGGAAUCAUCCCGUCCAGUUACCGCACCGAAGUGAUUCUCCUUUUGAAGCUGGCAGGACCUGUGGUCCUUUCCCAGAUGAUGAUCUUCAUGAUCAGUAUCAUCAGCAUGGUGUUUUGCGGUCAUCUAGGGAAAACACAAUUGGCAGCUGUAUCACUGGCAAUUGCGGUGGUUAAUGCGACUGGCAUUGCCGUUGGGACUGGCUUGUCAUUGACUUGUGACACCCUUAUACCUCAGACCUUUGGAAGUGGAAACCCGAAGCGUGUGAGGGUGAUCCUUCAGAGAGGGGUUCUGAUUAUCCUUCUAGCGUGUUUCCCCUGCUGGGCUGUUCUCAUCAAUACUGAAAAUUUUUUACUUGCCGUUAAACAGAGCCAUGAGGUUGCCAGUCUGGCACAAGUGUAUGUGAAGAUCGUCAUGCCUUUUCUGCCAGCGACAUUUAUGUACCAGCUGCUGGGAAGAUAUCUUCAGAACCAGGGAAUUAUUUGGCCUCAAGUCGUAACCGGUGUAAUUGGAAACAUUUUAAACGCAUUCAUCAAUUAUGUUUUCCUCCAUCCUCUGCAACUGGGAGUUCCUGGGUCUGCCGGAGCAAAUUUUAUCUCACAGUGUUUUCUUUCCAUCGCCCUACUGGCCUAUAUUUGGUGGAAGGGGUUACACAAACCCACAUGGGGAGGCUGGUCACGUGAGUGUCUCGAGGAGUGGGGACCCUUUGUCAAGCUGGCCAUGCCAAGCAUGCUCAUGUUUUGCCUUGAGUGGUGGGCAUUUGAACUGGGAGGAUGUCUUGCUGGCAUGAUUAGUGAAGUUGAGUUGGGAGCUCAAUCUGCGGUCUAUAACCUGACUCUUGUGGCUUUGGUGUUCCCCAUUGGAAUGGCAACUGCAGCUAGUGUCCAUGUAGGGAAAGCUCUUGUUGAAGGAAACAGUGUGCAAGCCAAGUUGUCUUGUAAAGUUUCCAUCAUCUGUACAUUUAUCGUGGCCUUUUUUGUUGGUCUUACCAUCACCCUUGCCAAAAGUGUCAUUGGCUACAUUUUCACCUCAGACCUAGAAAUUUUGAAACGGGUUGCUGAAAUCUUGAUUGUUUUCGUCUUCUUGCAUCUUUCUGACGCUGUUGCGGGUGCGUGUGGAGGUGUCAUCCGAGGAGUUGGGAAACAAAAGGUUGGUGCUCUUUGUAACCUGGUGGGACACUACUUCAUUGGCUUUCCCAUUGGCUUGGCCUUAACCUUUGCGGCAAAAUUGAACAUCCUAGGGCUUUGGAUAGGUCUUACUCUCUGUGUCUUCAUGCAGGCUACUUUCUUACUGUUUUAUCUAUACAAACUAGAUUGGAGUAAGGCUGCCGAAAAGGCUAAAAUUAGAGCCGGGGUCCAGGUCCCCUAUGACGACACGGUCAAGACAGAAGAUUGCAAGUUCGAGUCAAACACCAACCAGGACCCAGUUACUUGUCCUACAUCCAGGUGUGAGAGCGCUUCAGAGGGCCAACAGCUUCCAGAUCAACCUAAAACUCCAACUACCAAUGUUCUCACAGUAAAACAGCUGCUUUUGAAGCGUAGCUUGAUUUUACUUAUCUUUGUUGCCAUCUUAGCAGCCGGAAUUAUCGUCCGUCACUUCCUUGACAAACUGCUGCAAUGA